GGAACUGUUUCGUUGUCACACCUGGCGGAGACAACUUGCAAAGAAAGCGAAAGCAUGCGAUAACAGAUCCCUGGUAUUCUUCUUCAAUAUAAAAAGUGUGAGUAAAAAGAUGGCCUCUACAUCAGAUAUGGACAGACCUUCAGUUCCUAUUGAUGAAGAAAAAAGGACUCGGCUCUGCGAUGAGUUUGUUGCAAUAGCAGGUACAGACAGCGCAGUGGCUCAGUGUUACCUGGCUGAGAAUGAGUGGGUGAUGGAGGUGAGUACAAACAACUACUCAGAGCCAAUGGACGGUGAAAUUACCGAUCCACACGGUUGUUUGGCAAACUGAUGAAAAUGGGCAUUUUAAAAUCAAUCUGAAUACUUCUGCAGCUUAUUUCAGCAUGCAGUGUGUUAAUGUGCUUUACUGAAAUUAGUACAAAAGGGUAUUUUGCCAUUUUCUGACACAAGACUGAUCCACAAGGGUUUUUAGAAAGUUUAGGAAAGUAAAAUCCUGGAGCACAUGUUAAACUUGUUUUCACUUAUCAGCUAUAACUAUGUGGCCUGUCACUGUGUGAUAUCACAGGUAACAGUAGCAUUUUAUUCCUAUGUUGAUGUGUGAGGGGGGAAAGGAGAUUUAGACUGCCGCUGGAUAUAGAGGCUGAGGCUAAGCAACAACAGUAGAGAGAGGAGGUUGUUGUAAUAAAAUGGGUAUCAUUAUAAGACCUAAUAUACUAUAAUCAAUGAUUUGUCUUCCAGAGAGCUUUGAACUCAUUCUUUGAGACUGACCUGGAGAAGGUUUUUGAUGAAGAUUUUGUCGACAGUGAGUCCAGUCCCAAAACAAAGAAACAAAAGGUUGAGGAGAAACCUCCAGGAGAAUGGUAAUGUCGCUGUCUUUACCAGUGAUGAGACUGUGAUGAGCUGUAGGCACUAACAUAGUGAAAAAUCUCUAAAAAUCUCCCAGUAUAGAUUUGACCGGGGACAGUCCGGCCUCCUCCAAACCAUCAGAGGAAGAUGACAGCAAACUGUCACUGAUCACCUGGAAUGUGGAUGGACUCGAUACGGACAACCUUGGAGAGCGUGCCAGAGGCCUGUGCUCCUUCUUGGUCUUGUAAGCUUGUGUUUCUACUUUUCUGGAGUCCCUCUUUUUAUUUGUGGAGAAAAAUCAACCAGUGUGUAACUAUUUUGACUUUAAAUUCUGCUGUUAAAAGAAAACCUUAUUUUCAUGUAGAUACACCCCAGAUGUGGUGUUUCUCCAGGAGCUAAUUCCACCUUAUGUCCAGUACCUGAAGAAGCGGGCUGUCAGUUACCUGCUUAUUGAAGGUUUUGUCUUGGUUUUCAUCAUUAUUGCAAAGUAUCUUGUGCUCAAUACAAAAAAAGUGCUAUGCCUGUAUUGUGUGAAAAACUGAGGUUAGCAGAUUAAACCACUCUUCUUUAUCCUCUUCCUUUCAGGUGGUGAGGAAGGUUACUUCACUGGCAUAAUGCUGAAGAGGUCUCGUGUUAAAUUUACAGAGAGCGAGAUAGUAACUUACCCCACCACACAAAUGAUGAGGAACCUGCUCAUAGCUCAGGUUUGUGCACAGACAGCAGUCUGAAUACUCGUGUCGUGUAAGAUCUUGCAUUAUUAACUACAUUGUUUGAUUAUCCACAUUGAAACCAGGUGACUUUCAGAGGCCAGAAGCUUUGUCUGAUGACGUCACACUUAGAGAGCUGUAAAGGCCAUGCAGCAGAGCGGAUGAAACAGCUGCAAAUGGUGAUGCAGAGGACGAGAGAGGCGCCUGAUGAUGUUACUGUUUUAUUUGGAGGAGACACGAACCUGAGGGACACUGAGGUGAAUACUUUUUCUUUGCUCAUUGUGUGACUGUUCAAAAAAUCUUUAUGUCUACACCAACUCUUUACCUCUUUGUCGAAGGUGGCAAAGGUGGGUCUGCCCCCAACUGUCUGCGACGUGUGGGAGCGCCUGGGAAAGCAGGAGCACUGCCGCUACACAUGGGACACCAAAAAUAACAGCAACAAGACGGUUCCCUAUGUCAGUCGGUGUCGCUUUGACAGAGUCUAUCUCCGCCCGGCUACCAAAGACGGCGUCCCCUGCCUGGCCCCUGACCACAUGGCCCUGGUGGGACUGGAGAAGCUGGACUGUGGACGAUACACAAGUGAUCACUGGGGAAUCUACUGUAGCUUUUCGUUUAGUUAGACAGAAGAAACCCCGACCCUGUUUGUUCACAUCUUUCAGUGUGCCUCUUUAAUAGUCAAGGCUCAGCAUGUUUUCCUUUAUGUAAAAUAGCUAAAUAAGGGUAGAAAGCACCAACAGACAUUGACAUGUGACAUUGUGAUCAUGUGAUACUUUAUAGUUGAGCCGGCAAGUUUGUUCUUGUUCUUUGAAACUGUGCCUAACAAAGAUAACAUUUACAGCCUAUACAUCUAUAAACCUUCUGCGGUGUUAAUCAAGACUGAUUACUAUUUAGCUUUGUGGUAUGAGGGAGUUCAUCUGGGUGGCAAUGCAUAUGUAUAUGUAUGUCUUAUUGACAUUUGGACACUAGAGGGCACUACAGAUCUGAAAUAUAUGUGAAAAACAACUGUGACCCUUUGCAGAGCUACCCCAGGAUUUAUGAUUAGCACUACAAAGAGAUAAAAUACUGCACGCUCACUGCAAAUUCAGCUUAAUAUGUGACACCAAAUCAUUUUGAUUAAAGCUGUAAAUCAAUGUGUGGCUGCAGCCCAACAACCAAAUCCAAACAAAAGCGCACUGGGAGGAAUUUGUUCAACUACAGCCCUUAAAAAGCCUCAAAAAACAUAUUUUCCAAUCAUACUGUUUUUGCAAAACUGUGACUGAUUUUAUACAGAUAGAUUUGAAAGACAUAAAAAAUGUCAUAAAGUGUAACAUGUGUGUUUAAAAAUGUGAAAGAUAUUAAACUUCGUACUAAAGGGAUGUGGGUUUGGAACAUUUUACAUGUGAUCACAUCUCUUCUCCAUGUGUGAUCACAUGUGGAAAACGCAUGUGUUUUUUUCUUCUUCUAGGGUUGGCUAAUACGUUGGUAUGUAGUCUCUGUUAUUGUGGUGGAAACCCUCAUGGAGCCCACAGCUCCGUGCACUGAUUGGUUGAGAAGCAUAUUCCCACUACACUUUGUAAAAGCAACACCAUGUAACACCUUUGUAUUUUAUGCAUCUGUGGUUUUGCUGCUUCGGAUGUCUGCUGUAAGAUUAAAAGCCCAUUAGGAUGAUAACAAUUUAACAGCAGCGUUAAUCUCCACCUUAUAUCACAAGCCUCUCACUAUACAAAGGCCUCACUUCCACCCUAAACCAGAUGUGAACCCCUCCUCCUCCUCACAGUCUCUGCCAAACUUCUGUUAGCGUGUUCCCCUCUCCUCUCUGAA